GCCACGUCAGCAACAACCCCGUUCUCUCUCUCUCUCUUGCCCUCAAACCAGUCCCCUCUCUAUAUCGCUAUUCAUGGCGGUCAACGGAUCAAAAUAAACACUUCACCAAACAAUAAAAACAACAAAAGCCGCCCUUUUUUUUUUGUCACGACGAUUCUUUUUACUCUAGCUACUGUGCCUGCGGCUUUUAAAGCGGCGAUUUCUCGACGUCGAUUGGUUUGCUUUUCUAAGAGCGGCUCUAGGGUAUGCGGAGAAUGGGAGGAAGUCAGAUGAGUUAUUCAGCGAAUCCUAGCGAUUACAAGCUUCUAGAAGAGGUUGGUUAUGGCGCCAGUGCUACUGUUUACAGAGCGAUCUAUCUUCCUUUUAACGACGUUGUAGCUGUCAAGUGCUUGGAUCUCGAUCGCUGCAGCAGUAAUCUGGAUGACAUACGUCGGGAAGCUCAAACGAUGAGUUUGAUUGAUCACCCAAACGUUAUUCGGGCAUUUUGUUCGUUUGUAGUUGACAGUAACCUGUGGGUAGUCAUGCCAUUCAUGUCAGAAGGUUCCUGUUUGCACCUCAUGAAGAUAGCUUAUCCUGAUGGAUUUGAAGAGCCUGCUAUUGGUUCUAUUCUGAAAGAAACUCUUAAGGCUUUGGAUUAUCUUCAUCGACAAGGACAUAUUCAUCGGGAUGUUAAGGCUGGGAACAUACUGCUUGAUAACAAUGGCACAGUAAAGCUUGCUGACUUUGGUGUUUCAGCUUGCAUGUUUGAUGCAGGAGAUAGACAACGUUCUAGAAAUACCUUUGUUGGGACGCCUUGCUGGAUGGCACCAGAGGUCUUGCAGCCAGGAAGUGGAUAUAACUCCAAGGCUGAUAUUUGGUCAUUUGGCAUAACAGCAUUGGAGUUGGCUCAUGGUCAUGCACCUUUUUCAAAAUAUCCACCAAUGAAGGUUCUCCUGAUGACCAUACAAAAUGCUCCGCCGGGACUUGAUUAUGAUCGUGAUAAGAAGUUCUCUAAGUCUUUUAAAGAAAUGGUUGCAAUGUGUCUGGUAAAAGAUCAAACGAAGAGGCCAACUGCAGAGAAAUUAUUAAAGCACUCCUUUUUCAAGCAUGCAAAGCCUCCUGAGCUUUCUGUGAAGAAAUUAUUUGCUGAUCUCCCACCACUUUGGAAUCGUGUGAAAGCCCUCCAGCUUAAAGAUGCUGCACAACUAGCUCUAAAGAAAAUGCCUUCAGCAGAACAAGAAGCUAUAUCACAGAGUGAGUACCAAAGAGGAGUUAGUGCCUGGAACUUUGAUAUUGAGGAUUUGAAAGUGCAAGCAUCUCUGGUGCGUGAUGAUGAUGAUAUUCAUGAGUGCAAAGAUGAUGAUGCAAGCAUGAAAUCAAGCCUUGGUCAUAAGGAUGCAGCUUACUGCGAAUCUAGUUUGGGAAAGUUGAAUUUAAAUAGGGAAGUAUCUCAGGCUGAAACUGGAGGACCAAGGAAUGUUGACUUAUCACAGUCUGAUUGCUUGAAUGGAAAGGGAAAGAAUCCGGAAUGUGAUAUAGUUGAAGCUGGCCGUCAGGAGACUGUCAGUUUGAGGAAAAAUGGAUCAAGCAUUGAUGUUAUGGCAUCAACUUCAGAAAAGGAUGUGGUAUUGACCAGGGCUAAAACAGUGAAACCUAGGCAAACUCAAAGUGGGCCACUCACACCUGGUGCUGUUCUUAAUCAUUCAUCUUCAGAACGGGUUCGUAACUCAGAAAGGUUUGAGAACGAAAUUUUACUAGCGAAUGAGAAAGUUUGCCAAGUUCGUAAAGCUCCAAGCUUUAGUGGUCCAUUGAUGCUUCCUAAUCGAGCAUCUGCAAACAGUCUAUCAGCUCCAAUUAAAUCAUCAGGAGGGUUUAGGGAUUCUCUGGAUGACAAGUCAAAGGCUAAUCUGGUGCAAAUAAAAGGCCGAUUUUCAGUAACAUCAGAAAAUUUAGAUCUUGUAAAGGAUAUUCCUUUAGGUACGGUUUCACGCCGAUCUUCACAGACUUCGCCUCUCAGAAAGUCUGCCAGCGUUGGUGAUUGGAUAUUUGAAUCCAAACAAGUGCCUACCAAUCAUUCCCCGAAGGAUUUAACCAAUGGUAACAUGCCCACGUCAAUUUUUAUGACUCACCUUCAGAAUCUUUUCCAGCAAACCUCACUUCAACAGGAUCUUAUUGUGAAUUUGUUGAAUAUCUUCCAGCCAGCUGAGGUUGUAGAUGCCACACAAAAUGGAAAGUUGCCUCCUUUACCUCGUUGUUCUGAGAGCAAUGGAAAUGUUGAGAUGGCAGCUUCUGAGAGGGAGCGUUUGCUGCUCUGCAAGAUCUUGGAGCUUCAAUCUAGAAUGAUGAAUUUGACUGAUGAAUUGACUGCUGAAAAGUUGAAAUAUGAACAAUUGCAACAACAACUAAGAUCCAUGUCUGGUGUGGAAGAAAACGGGAUUAGAAUGGAAGGCGACGCGUGAGAGCUGUAAACUCAACUACUGUAAAGUGAAACCAUCAUGUAUAAUCGGGCAAAAGAUGUAAAUCAUGCAGAUAAAAUUAUGUUCCACCAUUCUUUGCCUAUCAGACAUGGGAACUGCUUUUUGGCCAUCGACAAUGGUAGAAGGGUGGGAGGGAGCAUCCUUAACUACAAAAAUCUGUGACGUUGAGCGAAACGUUGCUUUGCAGAUUUUAGCCACUUCAAUGACGAAAUAAGCAAUUAUUAUGGGUACAUGAGGAUGUUUUUACUCGUAUUUCAUGUAAAGAGAGUUGUCGGUCCAGAGCCGAUCCAGUUAUUUUUACCAUGGCUGGAAGUAGUCGUGUAGAUUUAACUGAGUGUUGGCUUUUCUCCAGAAAAUCUUUGUAUUAUAUAAGUUUUUUUGAAACGAACAAGUUAGUAUUUUGUUGAAGGGCCGAAUAGGACCUGACUGUAUACUGCUAUUGGUAGAGCAACCAGUAUAGUUAUCUUUUUUGUCCUA